AUGCUGUCGUUUUUGAAUCGCGGCGCCUUGUCGCUGGCGGCUGUAUCGCUUCUUGCUUCAUGUGCUUCAGCUGAAGUGUUUGAACGCCUUGCUGCUGUCCCUGAGGGAUGGCAUUAUUCUCGCACCCCUCGUGCUAGCCAGCCUAUCAAGCUUCAGGUGGCAAUGGCACAGGGGAAUGUCCCUGGAUUCGAGCAGGCCUUGAUGGACAUGUCGACCCCUGGCCACGCGAACUAUGGCCAGCAUUUCCGGACUCACGAUGAGAUGAAACGUAUGCUACAGCCCAGUGUUGCUUCAGUAGAUGCUAUUCAGCAAUGGUUGGAGGAUGCUGGCAUCACAAACAUUGAACAAGAUGCCGACUGGAUGAAGUUCUCCACAGACGUGGAAACAGCCAAUAAGCUCCUGCACGCCAAUUUCCAAUACUAUGCCAGCGAUGGACAGCAUGUCGAGCGGCUUCGUACCCUGGAGUACUCGGUUCCUGACUCGCUAGUCGAUCAUAUCAACAUGGUUUCGCCAACUGUGCGUUUCGGUCAGAUUCAUGCCAACCGUGCUACUAUGCACGGUCAGAAGAAGCUUGUGACUGAGAAAUUCCGUAAAGCUUCACACUUCACCAGCUCAGACUGCAACAGCGCCAUCACGCCUCAGUGCCUGAAGGAUCUAUACUCAAUCGGCGAUUACAAACCUCAGUCUGACAACGGCAACAAAGUCGCUUUCGCCAGCUACUUGGAACAGUAUGCCCGGUACCAGGAUCUCGCCCAAUUUGAGAAGAACAUCGCCCCAUACGCCAUCGGCCAAAAUUUCACGGUGAUCCAAUACAACGGUGGGGGAAACAACCAAUCCGCGACCACUGACAGUAGCGAAGCCAACCUGGACCUACAAUACAUCGUCGGCAUCAGCUCCCCUGUCCCAGUCACUGAGUUCAGCACAGGUGGUCGCGCCCCGCUAGUCCCGGACCUGGACCAGCCAAAUGCAAACGACGACGAGAAUGAGCCAUACCUCGAGAUGCUCCAGAACGUUGUUAAGCUUGAUGACGCAGAUCUCCCACAGGUCAUCUCGAACUCCUACGGCGAAGACGAGCAAAGUGUGCCAGCAAAAUACGCCCAGAGCGUAUGCAACCUCUACGCUCAGCUGGGCAGCCGCGGCGUCUCGGUCAUCUUCUCGUCUGGUGACUCGGGUGUCGGCGCAGCUUGCGAAACAAACGACGGCAAAAACGCUACCCACUUCCCGCCUCAGUUCCCGGCCGCCUGUCCUUGGGUUACAUCGGUCGGCGCAACAACACACAUCGCCCCAGAGACGGCGGUGUACUUCUCUUCGGGUGGAUUCUCUGAUCUCUGGGACCGUCCUUCGUACCAGGAUGAUGCUGUGACCGAUUACCUCACCACACUAGGAGAUCAAUGGUCCGGUCUAUUUAAUCCCAAGGGCCGUGCAUUCCCCGAUGUUGCCGCUCAGGGUGAGAACUACGCUAUCUACGAGAAGGGACACCUUAGCUCUGUGGAUGGAACGUCUUGUGCUGCACCUGCCUUUGCGGGUGUUAUUGCCCUGCUGAACGAUGCGCUUAUUCAAGCUGGCAAACCUACCAUGGGAUUCUUGAACCCCUGGUUGUACUCGACUGGUCGCUCGGCUUUGAACGAUAUUACUACUGGCGGUAGCACUGGCUGUGACGGUAAUGCUCGCUUUGGCGGUGCUGCGAACGGUGGUCCUGUUGUCCCUUAUGCUAGCUGGAAUGCUACUAAGGGCUGGGAUCCUGUUACUGGUCUUGGUACCCCUGACUUUACCAAGAUGUUGGCUGCUGCUGGUGUCAACUAA